UACUUUUUACAUAAUAUCUAAUAAUUACGUAACAAAAAAUGGACAAAACAUCGGUUAUUCAAUUAUCGAGUUUUCGCCGAGCAAAUUUCGGCAAAUCAUAUUCAGUUUUCAUAACUGUAGUUUUGCAAGUUAAAGCAUAAAGACGCGCAAUUGCGAUUGCAAAAACUGUGUACGAUGAGGAAAGGAAGAAGAAAUCACAAUGUGAAAGGCAUGAUUAAAAUUCACAUAUUUAUAGAUUCGUAAAAGACUUUGCCUUUUUACUGCACGUGCACAAGAAAAAUCAAAUAAACAAAACGAAAAUCUCAGAGAAUCUGAACGAGCAAUUAGAAGCAAGGCAAAUUAUUUUCUUUAAAAUUUAAGCGAUUGUUAAUUCUUCAAGUCGAAAUUAUCGUGAAGUUGGCCGAUAAAAGUUGUGCACUUUAACGUUAUAUGUGCGCGCUGAUCGCGCGCACAACGGCGCGAACAAUUCAAAGUCACGUAAGCGGAACGGUCAUUUUGAAAUUUUCAAAUUAAAUCACGCGAGAAUUUUUAUCGUUGGCGAUUAUUAUUUUGCAGGUAUGUUUGCCGGGUCUGUGUUUUUUCCUAAUGUAUGUAUCUAUGUCAGUCCUAUCAGUGCCUAAUAGACACAAUAAUUAAGCAGAUUCGUUUGAAAUAAGUGCGCUGAUAAGAUUACGGGGCUGUUUCUUUAUUUAUAUAAUGGCAAAACAAGAUAUUAUCGUUCCGAAAAAUACGUAUCGCACUCUUAUCAUGUCCCACACUUGAGGCGCAUGUCUAUAAAUGCAAGCGCGCAUCUCUCUCGAGUCCCCUGCGAUCACGUUGCGAUCUGAUAUUUCCCGUGCGUGCCGCCAUUCGUAAUAAUGAAAAUGCUACCGACAAAGCCGGAACAGAUGGACAUGCUCGAUGUGGAAAGCCCAAAAAAUGUCAUCAUAGACUGCGACGCGGGCAUAGAUGACGGCUUAGCGUUGAUCAUUCUCUUGGCUGCCCACAAAACCAAGAGAAUCAAUAUCAAGGCUGUGACUUGUGUGAAUGGUAAUACAACCCUCGACAAUGUGGUGAAGAAUGUGUUCAGGACGUUGCACGUGUGUGAAGUCACGGAUGUGCCUGUUUAUAAAGGCGCAUACUCGCCCUUACUGGAUAUUCUAAAUGCCAAGAUAACCGCAUCGGAACUGUAUCAUGGAACCGAUGGAUUUGGGGAUGUAUAUACCGACGAACCAGAUACAAGUAAAUUGCAAACGGAUCAUGCCGUGUGUGCCUUGCAUAGUAUUACGGCGAAGGAUCCAGGUAAUGUCGCGCUUGUCUGCUUGGGUCCCUUAACGAACAUAGCGAUGACCAUCAAAAUGUAUCCGGAAUUCGUGUCCAACGUGAAGGAGUUCUACGUGAUGGGUGGAAAUUCGACUGGACAGGGUAACAUAACUUCCCAGGCGGAAUUCAACUUCUACGCGGACCCAGAGAGCGUGCACAUUGUGCUCAACAGCAAUACCAAGCCGCUGUGGUUGCUGCCGUGGGAGGCUUGUUUGAACUCCCAGAUCUCGCACGAGUGGCGAAGAGACGUACUGGGCAAGAUAGACACGCCCUGCGUGCGCAUGCUGAACAAGAUCGAGCACGGCAGAGAUUCUAAAAAGGAGACGCAUCUUCCUUCUUACGUAUCGUGCGACGCGUUUUUAGCUGGAAUCAUCCUGAAGCCCGAUAUUGCCACGGAGGUGGUAGCGUGGCACGCGGACAUCGAAUUGCACGGCGUCAGGACCCGGGGCCAGGUCGUCCUCGAUCAUUUGCUGUCGAACAAGCCAAACGUGAAUUUAAUACAUACUUUUGACUCAGAGCUGUUCAAGAAGGCGUUAAUACGCACGGUGAACGUGUUCACGACUGUCGAAACGGCCACAUAGGAGCACCAGACGAAACAGGCAGACGAAGAUUCGGGCAUCCUUCAAGACUGCAUUUUCGCGGCGAAUGAAAUGGACUUGAUGCGCUUUGUACCCAAUAUCCCGCUGAGACCUACCACACAGGUAUGACCAUCCUCCAGAAUGCGAUGUAAGAUUUAGAACGUCAUAUAGAUUUUAAUUUUAUUCGAUAAUGUUCGUACAGUGAAUGACAUUUGCUUACUAAUUCACUUAUGCAAUAUUUUAUCAUGAGUGUGAUGUGUUCUCAUAAGCGCCUUAUCGUACACCUCGUACACCUCGUAUUAUCGUUUAUACAUGAUGUAUAUCUGGUCAAUCUGUGAAGUGUGCUAUGUAAAUGAUGUAACGUACGAUGAUUAUAAUCCAAUUUUUUAUAUUCCUCGUAUAAACCGAAAUAAAAAUUAUUUGAUACGA